AUGGCUGCUGAGGUUGGGCAGCCGUUCAGUGGAUGGUCACACUCAGAUUUGGCUUACAACGAUCACUCCACACAGGUAGACGAUUCAGUUCAGCAGAUGGUACUUGAUCAUGGUUCCGUAUCAUUUGGUAGAUUUGCUGGGGAGUCUUUGUCAUGGGAAAACAGAUCAGUGUUUGAGCACAACAGACGUCAUGAGGAGAUAAACAAACUCACCAUGCCUGGUUUAGUUGCACAAAAGAAGGCAUUUUUUGAAGAAUAUUACAAGAAGAAGGCUCGGAAAGCUAUGCAUCUCACUGAAGCCACAUCUGAAGAAAUGAGUGAUGACAACACUCUGGACCAUAGCAGGCAGGACGACAAAGCACAUGCAGUUGUUUCUGAAGAUCCUAUGAUUACUGCUCCAAGCUCCAUCUCUCAACCAUCUAUUGGAGUGAGCUCAUCAGAUGAGAAGGAAUGCCAUAAACCUCAUGGGCUAGGAUACGUGACAUUUAAUCCUCUGUUUUCGCGGAUAUCAGGGUCACAAGGUAUUCAACAUGAAGAGACAUCUAGUACUGGUCAACAGCAAUAUGUCGAUGGCGAGUUUCAGUGUGCAACACGCACAAGUAGUAACCAUGGGCUCAACCACGAAACCUUGGAGAGAAAGGUUCUUGCACCAAAGCAUGUGAUUUCAACUGACUAUGGUGAAAGUAAUGUUGUUGCGUCAAGAAUUGUGUUGCCAAUAGCAAGUUUACACUCAAAAGGUCUGAAAGUGGGUCUUGAGAAACAGGAGCCAAGAAAGAACAUAGCGCCAGUGGUCACUAAUAGGUUGACAAAGGAGGCCAAGGACCCAUCAAGUUCUCUUAUCCAAAUCCCUAGGGUUGAUUCAAGAAGAAACUCAGAAAACAGGAACUCUGAAGGCCUGAAGGAUCCUUUCUACAAGAGGGUUGAGAUGAAAUUGCGUGCCUUGUCUGAUAGGAUGAGUGCGGAUAGAGCUGCUGCCUCUUCUAAAUCAGCUUCAUGUCAGCCUGCCACAAGACCUUCUUCAUACCCAAAUGCUGAUAGAGCUGCGACUUCUUCCAGAUCUGCCUUGUGCCAGAACACUGAUAGAAUUCCUGCAUCAUGUGCACAAGCUUCUCCCAACUCUCUUAAAGAACGUGCAGCAACUGUUCCUCGUACAAAUUUCUACAACAAACAGUUGCAUGUUUCUCAUGUUGCUUCUAGUAACCACAUCAGUACUGGAAGGUUGGCUGCUAAAAGCUCUGUUAUGCCCAAGUCCUCUCAAAAUAACACAAAACCCUUCCAGAGUGCUCAGGUCGCAUCGAAAAGAGCAACAGGUCUUACAAGUACAAGCAAUGUUUCACAGAACAAAAGGUCUUCAAUUUUAUUUUAUAUUAUUUCUGUUCAACAUAUACUAUGA